AUGUAAUAACAUUAGGAAUUAAGUUUUGGAUAAGUAUUGUCUAUUGAGAUUGCAAAGAUUGGAAAUUACAAGAAUAUGUUUGGAACAAAAGCUUUGACUUUAGUACUAAUACACUUUAUAUCAUUGAUGAGUUUUAAUUUGAAAUUUGAAAAAAACUAAGGAUAUGAAUAUUUUACUCAUGUAAAACUAAUUACUAUUGUAGUUUUUAAGUGUAUUUACAAGACCUCCAGAUAUAUUAUUCAUACCAAUUAGCAUUUUGGUUUUGAUAUUAUACAUAUUUUUAUAUGGUUGUCUAUUGUUGAUGUCAUACUUGCAAUAUGAGAAUUAGAACAAGAUAACGAUGUCGAAGAAUAAAUUCAAGAGAUUACAUAUGAUGUUGUCGUUAGGGAUUGAGAGUGCAGUGUGGCUUAGUUGUCCAAUAGUAGACACUUGAUUAAAUUCUAGUUAUCUAUCAACUUGGGGUUGUUCAAUAAACAAAGUAGUGCCUGGAGUGCAAUGCCAAUCGUAAACAUAUUUCUGCACUCUAUCAUUGUGUUAAGUUACUUCUACUUCUAUCGCAGUUAUCAAUUCAAUUAAUUAGGAUUGUAUAGAACAUUCAAUCUAGCAUCUUAUUGUUAUUAUCUGAUUGUGAUAUUUAUAGUAGCAAUAGAUUGGAAUACAGAUUUAUAGAUUCAGCCAUAUAUAUUUUGGUUACUAAGUAUAUUCAAAUUGAUAGACAUAAUAUUGUUUUUGCCAUAUAAGAUGACAUUUGAAAACAAAGUAUAUAUGUUUGGAUGUACUGGAUUAUUUAUAGUAUCUUUAUUGGGUUCUUUAUCAUAAAUUACAUCUUCUAUAAAUGGGGACAAUAUAUUUGAGAUUUUCUUAUUAGCAUUUCCAAUAUUCUUUUAUUUAUUUAGAUAGUUAUAAAGUUGGAAAUGGUAGGAUUUGAUAUUGUAUAUGAGAAGUGGUUCAAUGAAAUAGAUGGAUAUAAAGAAAUUGUGUUCAUCAUUGGAAGCACUUGUAUGGUAUAUAGAAUAGGCUAGAAUGGAUUCAUAUAUAUUUAUGUUAUCACUUUUUGUAUUAAAAUAUCAUACUGAAAAUUGUAAUGAUCCUAAUUGUGAAUGCAAAGAAGAUUUAUCUAAAUCAAAUACUUAAAAUGGAGAAAGUAUGACUCAUAGAUCAUCAUUUUAAUCUAGAACAGCUUUAUUGAGUAAUGGAGAUAAAAAUAGUAAUCCAUAAAACAUAUCUUAAAAUUUGGAUGUCAGUUAAUUUCAAAAAACUAUUAAAGAUGGAAGUCGUAAGAAUGAUUCAUUUGUUGGUGGUAUAUAACCAUAAUAUGAAUAAUAAACAAUAAGGGCAACAAAAGCUAUUGUAUAUUAACCAAUGAAAUUCAUUUAAAAUAAUAUAAUAAAUGAAGAUCUUAUAUCAUAAUAUGUGAAAAGAUAAUUUCAUUAAACAAUUUAAUAAUUAUCAUUUUCAUUACAUUUAGAUGAAGUUGAAUAUUUAUCAUUGAAAUAUAUUUCUUUUAUGUUCUCUUUCAAAUAGAAUAGUCUUUCAUCACUUACAAAACUCAAAUAAAUAUAAAGUAGAACUGUUUAAUUUUCAUAUUUUUUUCGAAAUGUUACAAAAGUAACAGAAUCAUAAUUUAUUGAUGCUCUUAAAUUAAAACAUUUUGAAGAUAAAAAUUCUUAUGAUGAUGUAGUAAAAAUGAAUGUAACUGAAAUAUGGAGAUUAGAAAUGGUUAAAGAUGAUAUUGUUAAAAGUAUUGUAUCUGUUUUAAGAAAAAAGAUAACAUUAUGGGAAAAUUUGUGUUCUGGUGAUAUUCAAAAUAUGAAUAGAUUUUUAGAAGAUAUUAUUAAAAUAUCACUUUAAAUAGAAUAAAGUAGAAAUAAAAUUGAUUUGAUACUUAGUGAUUUUACAAAUCAAGUUCAAAGAAAUUAUAGUUAUUAUUUAAAAUAUCAAUGUUUUAGAUCACUCUUUUUUGAUUCAGAUUAUAAAUAAGCAGUCAUAUAUUAAAGGAAAGUAGAAGAUUCAUGGUAAUUAAGUAGAGCUGCUCAAAAAUAAGGAUAGAUUGGUAAUUUUUAAUGGCUUUCUGGAGAUUUAGUAACAUUAGAAGUCAGUGCUGGAGUUUAAAGUGGUUAAAUUAUUAAAGGUGUAUCUAAUCGAUUAGUUGAUAUGUUAGGAUAUUCUAAUUAUGAAGACAUGAUAUAAAAUCUACGUAUUAGAGGACUACAAUCAUCUCAUUAAAAUUAGAAUUCAGAUAAAUUAUAAAUUUCUAGUAUUAUGCCACCAUAUUUAACUGCUUCUCAUAAUUAUUUUAUUUCUAGAUUUAUUCAUAGAGGUUAUACAUAUUAUUAUGAUAAACCAAUUACUUCUUAUGCAUGUGAUUCUUAAGGUUUUGUAUUUCCAGUUAAUAUCAAUUUAUCAUUUAAUUUUUAAAAUCUAUCUGAUUUUACACUCUUAGGAUCUAUUUUGAAAAUUAAAGAUGAUGAUGAAUAUCUUAUAUUUGAUGAAUGGGGACGUAUAUUAGGUGUAUCUAUGCAUACAUUUGAUAAAUUGAUAUUAAAAGGAGCAUUAGAUGAAUUUGGUAUUGUAUAAUAUAAAUCUGUUAAUUAAAAAUUUGAAAAACUUGGAAAUCUUAAAAAUGCAUUACUUAAUAAAAUAGCUAGAGAUGAUAAUGCUAAAUUAUUUAAAAAAACUAUCACUAUGCAUUAAAAAUAAAGUACAACUAAAAGUCAAAUAAAAAGAACAUAUUAAAAACCAUCUGAUAUUUUAUUAUAAUUUGGAAGUAUUUAACAUUUUUUGCCAUAAGUAGGAAAAUCUAUUACAGAAUUAUUGGCUAAAGAUAUCUUUAAAAAAUUAUAAAGAGAAUCUUAAGAAUAAUUUAAUAAAUUGACAGAUAAUUAGAAAGCUUAAGAAAACUAAUAAUAAAAUAAUAAUAGAUUAUUUGAAAAAUAAGCCAGCAACAUUUUUUAAAGAUAAAUUAGUUAAUUUAUUGAUAAAUAAUAGAGUUUAAAUUAAGGAGGAUUGUCAAGUGCUAUGUUAGAUAAAGAUCAAUAUAGAAAUUUCAUAAUGAAUAAUUUUAUUGAUGAUAAAGGAUUGAUGAAAAAGAAUACAUCAUUAUUAUAGGAUGAAAGAUUGGUACUUUAUGUUCCUAGAAAUUAUAAUGAAUUAAUUGAAUAUUUUAAUGAUGCAGGUGAAAGAUUUAUGGAAAGUAAAAAUGAUUUGGAAACUAAAUCUAUACGUAGAUAAUAAAUGUAGAAUAAAUAUUCAUAUAUUAAAUAACAAUAGAAUUGUUAUCAUUUAUUUGAUGCUGAAUUCUAAGAUUUUAUUGAUAAUAAAGUAAGAAAAUAUUAUUCUAAAGCUUUAUUAAAAGAAGCAUUAGAUUCUCAUGAUGCUAAAUUACUUUAAUAAGUAAGGUACAAGUGUGUUUCAUCAAUUGAUGUAGGUGUUGGAGGAGUAAGUGACAAAGAUUAAUUCUUAUAUUUUGUUUGUAAAUUAUCUUCAUUGAAUCUAUAAACAGCCAAAAGAAAGGAUGUAUUAAAAAUACAUAUGAAGAAAGAAAAAAAUCAAUAAUUUGAUGGAGGAGAAGAAUUAAGAAAAAGUUUGAUUUAAUAGGUAUCCUCUAUGGAUUCAUUUGAUAAAGAAAAACCAAGAAAAUCAUUACCUUAUUAAUAAUAAGAGAGUUUUGGUCCUCCUUAAUAAUAAAUUAAAUAUAAAGGAGAAAUUGAUUAACCAAUUAUAGUAACAUUGGCCAUUCCAGAUAGCAGAACAUAUUUAUCUUCACUUGAUAGAGAUGAUGGACCAAAUAUGAAAGUUAAAUUUGAAGCUCAAAAUUAAAAAUUAAAUGACUCUUCUUUUGAUAUUGAUAAUUCAAUGAAAGAAAGUUUUAUUCCUAAUAGUGGCAAUCAUUCUAUGACUUAAUCAUUAAAUUUAAAUGUCCCAUAAUUAAUGAGAUAAAAUUCAAUUGAAAAAAUUAAAUAAUCUUAAAAUCAAAAUAAAGAAUAUCUAAAAGAACAAUCUAGUAGUCUUUCAGAAAAAAAAGAAGAACCUCCUAAAAAAAAACUUAAGUUAUCUUUUUUAAAAAAAAUGGAAAAGGCUCUUGUUCCAAAAGAUCCUCCAUCUGAAACACCUACAACACCAAAUGGUCCUUCUUUUUUAUUAACUUAAUAAAAGUAAUAAUAAUAAUAAUAAUAAUAAUAAUAAUAACCUAAAGAAAUAUAACAACCUACAGAAUUACAAUAACCAGAGAAAUAACCUUCCUCAUUUUCUGUACCAGAAGAAAAAAAGAAUUCAUUGUUUAAUCCUUUGGGGUUGUUUGCUAAAUUAUUUGGAAGAUUAAAUCUUAGAAGAGUAUCAAAUCUUGAAAUAAAAAAUGAUCAAUUUGAAUCAUAAGAACAAGGUUUCAGAGAAAAUUCUGAAAAUUCAGAAAAAGGAGAUAUGAAAAGAAGUGGACAUAGUACUCCUUCAGGAACUAAUUCAAUGUCUAGUAAUAAUAUAACAAGUUAAGGAGAUUAAUAAGAAGAUGAUGGAGAAUUAAAUAAUGAUGAUGAAUUAGUUAAUAUAUUUGAAGUAAUGAGUUAAGCAUCUAAUCAUUAAUCUAUAAAAUCUAUAUCAGCAAUUUCAAUGGCUACUAAUAUAUCAUUAAGAUGUCUAAAAUAUUUACCAAGAUAAGCUAAAUCAUUAUAAAUUUUUAAGAUAAUUUUAAUAAUCUUAAAUAUUUCAUGUAUUACUAGUUUGUUGUUAACAACAUAAAAUUAUUUUGAUAAUUUAAGUGUGGAUAGUCUUAGUUUAAGGAUUAAUAAUUAAUAUCGUUAUUCUGCUAUAAUACUUUAAUCAUCAAAUUAAAUUGAUUAAUAAUAAAUAAUUAAUUUUGAUCAAAUUCCUAAUAUUACUUUAAUGAAUCAAAUAAUUUCUUAUUGUUAUAAUCUUAGUAUAAAUAUUAGUCAAUCUUAUUUUGAUGUUAUUGAUUCUAUAUAAAAUGCUGUUUAAUUUCCAUUACCAUAAUUAGAUGUAUUAUAAAUUCCAGAUGAUUAUUACAUAGUUUCACUUUAAGAGUUUUUAACUCAAUAGAAAAUUGAAAUUGAUUCUAUUGAAUUCAUCCAAAAUUACAAUAGGAGUGAUGCUUCAUUCCAAUAAUUGUAUAAUAAUUCUAUAGAUUAUUUACUAAAUAGAUUAGUCUUCACUUAAUCAUAAAUCAAUAAUAUGAGUUAACAAUUAAGAACAAGUAAAAAUAAUAAUGUUCUAAACAAAGCUCUAAUUGUAACAUAUCUAAUGGUUAGCUUUGGUGGUUUACAUUUAAUUGUAAUUCUUUUGAUUGUUCCUUUUAUUAGAUAAAUUAAUAAUAUAUAUUUCCGUGUACUCUGUAUUGUAAGUAGAGUGACAUAAGAAGAAGCUGAAGAUGAAAUUAAAAAAUUAACACUUUCUUAACAUUUACUUGAAACUUAAGAUGAUUCAUGGGUUACUUAAAAUCAAAUUAAACUUAUUUUUUAUAAUAAAAGCAAGGAAAUUGAUUUAAAUGAAAAAUAUACUAAAAAUGGUAAUAUCAAAGCAAAAGGAAAAGAAAGUUCAUAUUUUUAUUCAAAAUUAAGUGAUACUACUUUAAGUAUAUGGAAAGAUAUGGGAUUAUACAUAAUGAUAUCAUCUAUUUCUAUAGGUUAUUUAAUUUUUUCUAUUGUUAUUAUACAAACUUAAAUUAAUACAUUUACUCCUUUUAUUGAUAAUUUUGAUGAAACUGUUAGUACAAGUGUUUAUACUACUAGUUUAAUUUCAAAAUUAUCAAUUACUCCUUAAAGAUAUUUAAAUUUAUAAUAAACCAGUAUACCUACACAAUUUACUUUAUUGAAUUUCUAAUAAAAUUAAUAGAUUUCCUAUUUCUUAUAAACAAUAUCUUCAGAUACUAAUAAAAUCAAAUCUUUUAUUACUGAUAUGUCAAAGUUUUUAGAAUAAUUAAAUUUAGAUUAUGGAUAUGAUUCUAAUUCAUCAAAGAUUUUAAUAAAUUCUGAGAAAUAUUAAUCAAGAUUACCAUAUAUUUAACAAUUAAGUGUAUUAAGUGAAAUAAAUCAUUUACUAAAAGACAAUUUAUGUUAUUAUUCUUAAGAAACACUUUGUUAAUAAUAAUUAUAAUUUGAUUAUUUUGAUACUGGCUUAAUGGGUGCAUUAGAUAUCCUAUAGAAGAUGUAAUUUAGUUAUUAAUCAUUUUUAAAUGAGUAUCAUUAAAUACAAUAUUCAGAUUAAUAGAAUAAUACAAAUUUAAUUAAUGCUUAUUAUAAUUCUUAAGAUUAUAAAUUUUUAGUUAUGUAUGGAUAAGAAUUAAUAUUUAAGACAUUUAAUAGAUUACUAUUAUUAUUGGAAACUUUCUUGAUAGAUGAAAAAGAAUCAAAAAAUUAAUUAAUUUAGAAUUUAUUUAUUGGCAUAGGUAUACCAAUUAUGAUUAUGACAAUACUUUUGGCUGUUUUAGAAAUGAAUUUACUGAAGUAAAAAGUGAGGAGAGUUAUGUUAUCUCUUACAUUCCUGCCUACAUUUAAGUUUUAAGAUAAGAUUGUUCUUUCCCUCAUUAAGGCUAUUCUCAAAAUUUGA